AAAGGACAAUAAAGAAGUUUUAAAAAAAAAAAAACCAUGAGGUGGGACACUGAUGAGCUGGAUUUACUGGGUUCACAGGAGAGUUUAAACUCCACACAGGGCCGUUACACAAACUACAGCCUCUGCAAGAAGAGGCUGCCGGCAGCAGUCGGCCUGCUGAUAUCAGCUUUUAUUCUGGCUCUGAUGGUUGGGCUGCUGCUGCGGCCCUUUCACCCACCCAAAGAAGUCACAGUGAAGAGAACUUUCAUCGGCUCCAUGGGAAUCAACAACCACAGGUUCCUGCCGGAGUACGAAGAUCCCAGCAGCACUCAGUUUGCUAACCUGUCUGCUCAGGUCGGCCAACAGCUGAAACUGAUUUACUCCAAAAACUCAGUGCUGGCCAAAUACUUCAACCACAACAGUAUCCAGGCCUUCAGUGAGGGUGACAGCGGUGAUGACAGCAUUGUGGUGUAUUACGAGUCAGAGUUUGAUGUCCCCGUCCCUCAGCAGACCUCGCUGGAUGAAGCCAUUGGAUCUGUGGAACCUCCCACGGGAAGUCAGUGGGAUCAGCAGGGACAAGGGCUGCAGAAACCCACAGACACUCUGAACAUCAGCAGCAUCACCACACAAGCUAUAGAUCAGCGUUUGACCAGAACCCCGUUGGCUGAGAGGAAGAUCUUCAACAUCCACGUCAGAAAUCCGGGUCGUGUAAAUUCUCCGGGAUUUCCAGGCUCUCUGUACCCUCCGAAUAUCAACAUGCAGUGGAGGCUCCGGGCCGACCCGGGCCACCGAGUCUGGCUCGAAUUUCACAAUCUGGUCCUGGAGAACAACUGUCAGCACGACUUCAUCAAAGUCUAUGAUUCACUGGCCCCCAUAGAGAAACACGCUCUGAUAGAACAGUGUGGAAACCCUCACCACGCAUUGUCCUUCAUCUCCUCUGGAAACAUCAUGUUACUGACGUUUGUCACCAAUGAGGAGAAAAACUUCGCCGGCUUCAGAGCAGACUACUCCCAGAUUCCUCUGACUGGCCUAAAUUGUGGCGGUAAUCUGACUGGAGAUAAAGGUUUAUUCUCUUCACCAUUUUUCCCCUCCAAUUACCCUCCAAGGACAUCGUGUGUCUGGAACAUUGAGGUUGCAAAUGGAAAGUUUGUGAAGGUUCAGUUCAAAACGUUUUUUGUGGGAAAUCAAAGUGAACAGUGCCUCCACGAUUAUGUUGACAUCAAUGGUGAAAGGCUGUGUGGCAGUCGUUUAAAGAGCAGAGUGAUCACCAUCAAAAGCAACAAGGUGACCAUCAAGUUUAACUCAGAAUCCUACUAUGUGGACAAGGGUUUUGCUGCUGAGUAUGAGGCCUUCAACUCAACUGAUUCUUGUCCAGGAAGGUUCCAGUGCAGCAACAGCCUCUGCAUCAACAAGACUCUGCACUGUGACGGCCUGAACGACUGUGGAGACAACAGUGAUGAGAUCAACUGCACUUGUCCGGGAAGGUUCCAUUGCAGCAACAACCACUGCAUCAGCAAGACUCUGCAGUGUGACGGCUCUAACGACUGUGGAGACAACAGUGAUGAGAUCAACUGCACUGUUGUGUUGCAGCAGUGCUCGACGUUCAACUUCCGCUGCAGGAACGGACACUGCAUCAGUAAACUGAACCCAGAGUGUGAUGGAGUGCAGGACUGUGAGGACGGCUCCGAUGAAGCUGACUGUGAGUGUGGGAUGAGUCUGUACCAGAGCACUCGUAUUGUGGGAGGUGAGGCAUCACGUGAGGGUGAGUGGCCCUGGCAGGUGAGCCUGCACUUCAAGGGGAUAGGACACGUGUGUGGAGCUUCUCUGCUGAGUGACCGCUGGCUGCUGACUGCUGCCCACUGCGUCCAAGACACCAGAAGAUACAAGCUCUCUCGGGCUGACCAAUGGGAGGCUUUGCUGGGCUUCAACGUGCAGAAUCAGACCAAUGAGUGGACAGCAAAGAGGGGCGUGAAGCGGAUCAUCCCUCACUACUUCUACAACAAAUAUAACAAGGACAACGACAUCGCUCUGAUGGAGCUGGACGCCGCCGUCAAAUUAACCCAGCACAUCAGUCCCAUCUGCCUGCCUUCCUCCACCUACUACUUCCCAUCAGACGGAGACGCUUGGAUCACCGGGUGGGGGACUACAAUGCUGGGAGGUGUCCCGUCGACCACCCUCCAGAAGGCGGAAGUUAAGAUCAUCGAGCUUUGGUUUUGCAGCUUUCUCCUGAAUUACAGGGUCACAGAUAACAUGCUGUGUGCCGGAGUCCUUUCAGGAGGCGUCGACACCUGUCAGGGUGACUCCGGUGGGCCUCUGUCUGUCGCCAACCCCAGUGGGCGUUUUUUCCUGGCAGGUGUGACAAGUUGGGGCAAAGGCUGUGGUCUCAUCUACGCACCUGGCGUCUACACCCGAGUUACCAACUACCGCAGGUGGAUAAAAUACAAGAGUGGACUGUAGCCACAGGAAGGUGGACAGGUUCUCUGGAUUAUGGGAAUUUCUCCUGGAAAUGGAGCCAGAUGUUGGAAUUUUUGAAACAGUUUUGUUUGUUUUUAGUUUUGCUUUUGCUAGAAUAUGAGAGCUGGUAUCACUGGUAUUUGUACUGAUCAAUGAAAGUAAUUAUAUGUCUAAUAAAUGUCUAUAAAGAUAGAUAAACAGAAAAUUUAACCUAAUUACUUAAUUUCAUGUCAUAUAAAGAAA